GGAACAAGUAUUGUCAAACGUAUGCAGCACAUACAUGCAUUACGGAAAGUGUUAAUGGAUUAAACGCGAAAGAAGGACGUCACAUUAUAAUGUGUUACGAUAAGAAUUAAACGUUGCGGGUGUUAUGUGGGGAUUCAGAUAAAAAACAAGGAAACGUAACAUAUCAGACCGUUCAGUUGUGUCUGCUAAAAUUGUCUUGGGUCAGGCGAAUGUGAGGAGUGAAGAGAUCCUUAAGGGGUAGUCGGGUACGUAAAUAAAAUUUGGAAAAUGAGCUCCAGCGAGUACAAGGGUUGCGAGAAUGAGGACGUCGAAAAUUCGGAUGAAAGUGAAAGACCAUCGGGCGAAAGAUGGGCACCCGUUGGCGCGAACGACGGCGACGAUUUCGCCGAUGAAUAUAAGUACGUCGAUAACAUGGAAAACUUGUCCUGCGACAUGGAAAGACUAAAGGUUCUUGAAGAAGAACAAGAGAUGCUUAAUUCAUCUCUCAUAGCACUGACUACUCAUUUUGCACAGGUUCAAUUUCGCUUAAGACAAAUCGUGGAUGCACCGGCAAAUGAGAAAGAAACAUUGCUCAAAGAGUUAGAGGAGUUUGCUUUUAGAGGGAUACCAGAUGUUCCACAUAAUUUAUCAAUUGAUAGUAGAUCAAUUACACCAACUUCUCCAAUGUCUGGCGACCAGAUAUCUAGAGUAAUGAGUGAUGUUGAUGUUGAGUCUAAAAUGGCAUUGCAAAGAACGAAACAGAAAGAACUGAUAUGCCAAUUGAAGUCUCAACUGGAGGACCUAGAGAAAUAUGCUUACGAAACUGGUGAUGCAGAUUUACCACAGAGUAUGAUAUUAGAGAGGCAGAAUAUAAUAAUCAAUCACCUUAAAGAAAAGUUGAAUUUUAAUGUUGAUGAUCUAUGUAAAUUACCAGUCGAUGAUUUAAGAUGGCAAGUAGAUUAUGCUAUAAGUCAGAUCGUUAGUCCCUUGAAGAUGAAAGAGCAGCUAGUAUCGCAAUUGAAAACACAGAUCGCGGAUCUGGAGCGUUUCAUAAAUUAUCUUCAAGGAGAAGUCAGUGCGGAAACCUUGGCGUGUACGUGUGCGUGUCCGGUGCACACCAGCGGCACGGCCGGCUCUACUUCUUUCGCCAAAAAAUCUUGCAACGUGAACACCGAGGAGGAAAACAAAACGAGGACUUUGAACACCGUUAAGAAAGUUGUCGCCUUAUUGCAUAUGUUCCUGGUAUCCCAAUUAGGAUGCGGUAGCGAACGGGUUCGAAGAAACUUCAAGAAAAAUUCUAUGUACAACUGGCGCGAUCUGAGAACGAGACUGGAUAUCGCGAUUGAGCAUGUUGUAGAGACGAUCGCGGAAAUCGAGCGUCAACCGGACGACGAAGAUUUAAACGACGAUUACUCGGACUCAGAUUCUAUGUCGCAAUGCAAUGCCAGGGUGACUACCGCUGUAAGGAAGCAUCUAGCAACCUCCAUACGUGACUUAAUACAACACGGUUUAAUGUCUGACGCGCGUUCCAAUAGCGUGGUACCGUUCGUCGGAUGUUUUCCACAGAGAAACUCUUCCGCUUCCAACGUGAUGCACGCGUGGGAGCUGGUGCUCAAGUAUUAUGAAAUUAAGAAUGGCCAUCGUUACAAUUCUAGUCCGGCGCAGAAAUUAUCUCAAAGUUUUAAUCUCGAUUUAGCAGGCGGUAGAGGUGCUUCCUCGAAACAGAGUCUGUUAACCACCAUUGGGAAUAUCAUCGCCUCUCACAGUCCGUACAAAAGAAGCUACGAUUCUCAUUUCAAAGCAUUCGUAUGCGCAGCCUUAAAUGCAAGCAAACUUGUCAUUUGGUUGAAGCUCAUCUUGCAGUGUCAGUAUUUGCUGGAGAAUCACUAUACAUCGUGGAGUUAUGUCGUAAAAACAGGUUUCCAAGAUGCAUUUCAUACCCUAGACCGCCUCACCCGCUACAGAUUCGAUCUACCAGUAGAUUUGGCAGUCAGACAGUUCCAAAAUAUAAAAGACGCAUUUUGAUCGCGAUGUACGACGGUGAUAACACUUACCAGAAUAAGUAGAUAGUCAUUUUUAGCGAGCAAAACAUGAGGUAUCGAAUGUUGCGAUUACGUGAGAAGAAAAAAGACAGCAUAUUUUAACUUUACAUCGACGUUAGUAGUAUAUCAUUUUUUAUCGAUUUUAUUCCGCGAAGAACAUUCCUCCUCAUUUUCUGAGUUCAUUAAUAGGAAAAAAUUAAGAUAUAAUAACGUGCUUACAAUGAUUAAAAGUAUCGGUUCCUAAUCUGAAUCAUACGGUUUUAAUUUCUCGAUUAUUCUAAUUUGAAGAGUAUCAACUACCUAGUAGUAAAAAUGCGAACACGAUCCUACGAUAUACAUAUUUAAAGUACAGGUAAACAAUACAACGCUGCCUGACACAAUAUGGACUGAAACAUAUGUAUCACCUAGUUAUUUUGAAACGUAUUUUCGAACGUCGUGCGUUCUCGAGAAAAUGAAGAUAAUUCGAGGUAGUAGAAUUUUCACUCGAAAAGUAAUUUGAUAAAUUGAGGUAAUGUUGAAGAACGCGAUCUUCGCUGUGAUUAAAGCUAAGAUUUUAAUACUGCACUUUGUCCAUAAGGAUGAAGAGGUGUUAGGAUUUAAAUACUUAUCGAAAACCAAAGAACAAGCCAAAGUUGUUUUUAGUAGUUCGUAAUCGAACUAAGCGUAUUUGCUAUAGUUUUUAAUUUUAGUACUUACACACGUCGCGGUCGAUAGUACUACACUAUGAUUUCGUGGUAACAUAUCAUUGAAGCAGUAAUUAAAUCUAAAUAAGGAUAUAUCAAUGUACGCGUGUAUAAACUUCGAUGUUGCAAUACAUUGUCAAAUAUUUUAUCUCUGUUGCGUUCUACAGAUUUUUACGGUUGAUUUGUGUAGUGUAAAUGUUUAAUUGUUUCCGAUCGAUGAUCCGUUGUAUAUCUAAUUGAAAAUACUGACAGACUCUUCUUUAUACGUGACUGUUUAAGAGAGAUAUAUAGACCUCGAAAUAUGCAUAAUUAUUAAAGACACCCGUAUUAAUUUCAAGUAUAUAAUUAGCAAUUUACGUACACGCGACCACUAUUACCUGUACAAGGUAUAUCACGUGUAAAGUAGAUUUAAGAACGUCAACUGUAUAAUACGAUAUAAAUAUGUGCUUUUUAUAUGCAUAAUAAUGAUUUGACAUUAGUUAGUUGAAAGAGAAUAAUGCGAAAAUAUAUUUAUGAAGCAAUGUA